UUAAACUUUGAUUUAGGAUCUGCAUAUUUCUUUUGUACUUCCCUGUCAAUUUAAUUAUUUUCCAGGGUAGAUUGCGUGGGUUUUGAGGGGAUAUGUUCAAGCAUGGACGUGGUUCAAGUAUUUAUAUGAAUUCAACAGGCCUUCAAAUGAAGGGAAUGUUGGCGUUGACGACACAUCAGAGGGCUUUACUAGCUUCAGCCCUUCAGUGUGCUGAGGCGGUUAGAAUACACAGCAUUCCACCAGUCACUAUAAGAAAGGUUUCCGGAAAAAAGACACAUCCUAUCACAGAAUAAUGAACCUAGGUGGAAUAAACUUAAAAAUGCAGUCAGAAGAGAUCCCAUCCAACUCGUAGCAGAUAAACUUAUGGAUACGUUAACGAAAAGAUAUGGACCCAGAUUAAAGACUUCAAAUGCUGCCACCAAUACGUCUAAUAAUUUCAACAGCAUGUCUUCUGCAGUCUUGACUGAUAUGCGAACAACAGAUCAGCUCAUUAGAGCAAUUGUGAAAACACAGUCCAGAGAAAAAGACCUAAAAUCAAUUGAGUAUCAGCUUAUUAAACAACGGUACAAAAUGUCCCUACCUGUGGCCUUGGAUGCCUGCCAUGCUUUCUACAAGGUUCAGCAUGCUAUGCCAUCCUACUUACCUGCACUCUUCAGUGUCAUUGAGGAAACAUUUCAAAGCAUGCAGCCUUCACCUGAAGAUAUAACAUUCUUGUUUCUGUAUGUGUUUCUUCAUGGAAGCGCUCCAGAAAUGCUCUUUCAUAUGGUGGAAGAGUACCUUCUCAAGCACCUACAUCACUUUCAUAUAAAUGAUCUGGGCGUGAUAAGUGCUGGAUUUUUUAGAGCAAAUCAUAGAAUUAUGUCACAAGAUCUUCUGGAGGUUAUGGCACACAAACUUUUAAUGGAUUUCAGUUUUGUUGAUCCGUAUCUGUUGAUGACUUUUAUGAAAGUCUAUCGUCAUGCAAGUUAUGUGCGAAUAAGCUUCUAUAACAAGUUAGCAGACAGUCUUAUGAAAGAUAAUUAUUUGACACACUAUAACUCCACUAACUCAUUAAUGCACAUUGCAUUUACAUAUGCCUCAAUUCCAAUAGUGCAUAAAGAGCUUUUUGAACAACUUCUUUGUCGGUUUGAAGCUCUCCUCAAUCAGAAACCCAACACAAGAACCAAAGAUUUAUCAAAAUUUGUUUGGGCUUGUGGUACACUUCAGUUCAAACCACAUGAUUACCAGCAGAGGUUUCGGAGACUUGCAAAUCACUUUGAACUUAGCAGUGUGGAGCAGUUUCCAGAAUCUUUAGCAGAACUGUUAUUUGGAUUAAUUUAUUUGGAAAUUUUUCCUGAGGAUCUACUGAGUAGGUGUCUCAGUCAAGAUGUUAUCAACAGACUUGCUGACAGUGCUGCUGAUAAGGAAAAGUCAUUCCAGUUGCUAAUACUAAAUGAGACCAUGAAGAUUGAAUGCCCUUUAUACUCUGGACCUACCCUUUUACAGUCUCAGCGGCAGGUGCUGUUGGAGCAUCUUGCUCUGUCAAAAGAUAUGGAAGUUGAGUUGCAGAUAAGAAUAGGUCUGGCAGCAGUGCUGACAUCUUUACAAAUCAGCCUUGGGACAGAGAGGGUGCGAUGUCAUUUUCCUCUUCCCCAUUUUAGGACCGCUGUGAUUGAACUUGAGUACUGUAUGACUGAUGGAUUUGUACAAGUUGACCAAAAACAACCAUUAUUGCAUCAAUCUUCCUCUAAGCAAACAAGUGUCAUACCCAGGAUUAUUAUUGAUGACCUGUACACAGCCACUAAAGACAAAUGUGAAUCUGUUCAUAAAGAGAAAAGAAUAAAAAUAGUGAUUGCUAUGGCUAGCACAAACCAGCAAGCCAUUAACAGCUCUCAGCCACUGGGCCACUGGAGCACAAAGGUACGACAGCUGCAAAAACUUGGCUACAAAGUAUGUCAGAUAUCACCUGGAGAUGCUCUAAAACUAGAAAUUUCAUCACACAAGGACCGAUGUAAUCUACUUUCUCAGCAUCUGUCCAUGUGUCUUGCGACUACAGUUAGCUUACCUUAAGCUCAACACAACUGAUCUUCUCAUCCAUCAUAUACAGACAUAUAAAGACAAAAAUAAAUGAUUUAUAAAAAU